AUGGCACUGUUCGCUGCACGGGACAGAAGUGUCCAUUCGAGGCGGCGGCGAGACUGGCAGCCUGCUUUCUCUCCUCAAGCUAUCAGACAUUAUGAAGAAAAGGUGCUGUUGCACAUCGAAGAGCUAGAUCAGCAGCUGGAAUUGAAAGCAAAGAGCGGCGCCGUCGAUUGGUACGAAUCAGUCGACUGGUGCCAGGAGCAGAUCCAAGCACGCCUAGCCAAGGGGCCGGCGCCGGAGCUACGAGAUCUCACUUAUUACAUCAUGGAGAAGGAGAAGGAGAACAACGUCGAUGCUGGGCCUUGGCUCAGGGGGAUAGUCUGCUCGCCGUCUUGGCGGGAAGCCCUCGCCGCGGUCCUCCACGAGCUGGUGCUGCACCCAGAGCACAUCGACAAGCUCCACGCCGAGCUGGGAGACACAUGCCUAACCGACACCAACGCCCUGGCCGAGCUCCCCCAUCUCAACGCCGUCAUCCAGGAGGCCAUGCGCCUCCACCCAUUCCUGCCCACCGGCGGAAUCCGCAAAACCACCGACACUGGCGUGACCAUCUGGGACGUGCACAUACCGCCUCACACGACAGCGAGGAUUGCUUCGAACAGGGCUCCUCCUUCAUCCCAGACCGGUGGACCACCGCGCCCGGAGAUGGUCCGCAACGCGGCCGCCCACGCCCCGUUCAGCUUGGGCAAGUACAACUGCAUCGGGCAGCACCUCGCCAUGCGCAUGAUGCGGUACACGCUUGCGCGGGUCAUCAAAAAGUACAGGUUUUACCAUCCUCCCGGGGUGGACGGGAGCGAGAUGGAGGGGGAGAAGGCGGAUCGGUUUACGUCUUUUGCUGGGCCGGUGCCGCUUGUUUUUGAGCUUAGAUGA